UACAAAAAUGUACUUUAUUUCUAGAACAGUAUAGAAUGUGAAAAUUUGAUAGUAUAGUGUAACAAUACCAUCAUGUCGUCACAACCGAUGAAGUUAGAUACAAAUUCUGUGACAAACCUUUUGUAUGUGUUAUGCAAAAAAAAUUUGAAAGGAAGAUCAGCUGUACCUGAUGAUAUCAUUGCAUCACAGUAUCAGUAUGCUCUCCGUCUUGUGGGAAGUCGUUUCACUUCCCCAAUUUCAACAGAUGAAUUUCAGCUAUCAGAAAGAAUUAAGAAAAACCUUGCAAAACAGGGUCGUGAAUCUGAUGCUGCCCUGUUUUCAGAACUGCAUGCAAAACUUCAGAGUCAGGAUUUGUUAAGUAAUCGUUGGGCUGUUUUGUCAUUGUUGCAAGCACUAAGCAAAGAUCCGAAAGCUAAAGAUCAGAGUAAUUAUUUUGGUGGUACAUUGGACAUGUUGUCAAUAUCAAACUUUGCCAACAAAUCACGUGGAAACAGUACACAGAUGAAUUCAAGUAGUGGCAUAGGUAGCAUGUUCAAUUCAACUUAUGAUCCCACGCCAAGUACUUCGUCAUUCUUACCUCGAAAAAAUGAAGCAGGAGAUGUCGGAAUCCAGUUCCGAUCAAAGGAGACAUCUUCUACCAGCAACAAAGAUACUGCUAACCUUGCUGCAAUGGUGUCACGGUCUGUUGUUCUGAACAGACAUGCACAAAGACGACAGGAUCCUUCGUUUGAGGAUGAAAGCGAUAUUGUGCCUUACAAACCUGAAGAAACUAACACAAUUUUAUCAAAGUGUUUUGCUACUUUAGAUGGAACACUUUAUGAAAUAACUGAAAGACUACUGUUGAGAGACAUUUUGUAUGUCUUUCAAGGAAUAGAGGGAAAAUGUAUCAAAUUUGAUUCUGGAAUGGAUGCGUAUAAAAUAAGUUCUGACAUUGGUGUCCCUCUCCCUGUACGUGAUUUACUUGGUAAGUUAGCCGAAUUAGGCUGGCUUUUCAGAAGGGUACGAAAGUACCUAGAUGCUAGAGCUGGAGAUAAAGCUUUAGGGUUAGUUGGGCAAAGCUUUUGUGCAGCUGUUCAGAAAGAAUUAACAGAGUAUUACAGACUUGUUGCUGUGUUGGAAGCUCAAGAGAACCAAGUAGAUGUGGGCAAGGAAGGAAGCGGACUUACAUUAAGACGGCUAAUGAUUUGGACUUAUGAUCCAUUACAAAGAAUGAGAGCAUUGGCAACCUUAGUUGAUGUUUGUAAAGGUAAGAAAGGUGGAUCCUUGCUUUCAGCAAUAUAUUCACACACACAGACUGGUGACCCAUUUAUCAGUAAGUUAGUGAAACACAUUCUUCAUGUGGUUUCACAUCCAAUUCGAAGUAUUCUCGAAAGAUGGAUAUUCGAAGGAGAAUUACAAGACAGUUAUAAUGAGUUUUUUAUUGCUGCUGAUCCUGCUGUGCGUAACGAGAGAUUAUGGCAUGAAAAAUACAGUCUUCGAAAGCAGAUGCUGCCAACUUUUAUAACGAAUGAACUUGCAACCAAGAUUCUUAACAUAGGAAAAUCAAUUAAUUUUAUUCGAGUUGUAUGUGAGGACAGAUCUCCCAUAUUUGGUCAUUCCGAUAUCAAGAUAUCUACAACAAAUGAUUCGGAGCACCAUGAAGAUUUGCGUGUAAAGGAGUUGAAUAGUUCGUCUUUGCAAGAUUUUAUCGAUCUGGUUUAUGAUAACACAAGCAAGCAUCUACUUGAUGUUCUCUUCAAAAAAUAUAAGUUUAUGGAGCAUUUAAAGGCAAUGCGUAGGUACCUGCUGCUUGGCCAGGGAGAUUUUAUUCGCCAUUUGAUGGAUUUACUUGAGCCUGAUUUAGUUCGCCCAGCCAACUCUUUGUACAUGCAUAAUUUGACAGGAUUGCUGGAAGCUGCUAUUCGAGCAACGAACGCUCAAUUUGAUGAUAGUGAGACAUUGAAGCGCCUUGAUUGCCGAUUGUUGGAGAUUUCGCCUGGCGAUUGUGGAUGGGAUGUGUUUAGUUUAGACUAUCAUGUGGAUGGACCUAUCUCCACAGUAUUUACCCCAGAAGUUAUAUUACACUAUUUGCGCAUAUUCAAUUUUCUAUGGCGUGCCAAAAGAAUGGAGUAUUGUUUGACUGGUAUUUGGAAGAACCAAAUGAGCAGUAGUCGUUUGCUCAUCAAGCUCCCUGAAGUGGCUCCUCUGCUCCACAUCAGUCAUUGUUUAGAAGCAGAAAUGUUACACUUUAUACAUCAAAUGCAAUAUUUUAUCACAUUUGAGGUUUUAGAAUGCUGCUGGGAAGAACUACUUGUGAAGAUUAACGAAGCAAAAGAUUUGGAUCACAUAAUUACUGCACAUGAUAACUUCUUAAAUCAAGUGAUGACACGUGCUCUGAUGGACAACGAAUCGAGAGCAAUGUUAACUCAACUGCGUGCAAUAUUUGACUUGAUUAUCCAGUUUCAAACAACACAAGAGAAUAUGUAUAAUGCCGCCACAGCUGAAUUGGAAGCAAGACAAGAAAUAGAAAAAAAAGCUCAACGAAAAACCGAAGAAGGUGAAUGGGGAUUAACAGAUGCUGACUCAGAAGAAGAUAUCAAACGAAUAGCUGAUUUCACUAAAACUUUUAUUCCAAGUACGAGGGCACAGUUAAGAGUGUUGCAUCAAUCGUACCAAGACAUGCUUCAGCAAUUUUUGGUCAUGUUGAACAGUCACUCUGAUGUCAGUCUUCGUUUCCUUUGCUUCAGAUUAGAUUUCAAUGAACAUUACAAAAAACUUGAACCAAAGUUAAGAAGUCCGAUGAAAUACAGCAUGAGGUACAAACGCAAUGCAGAAAACACGAAAGUGUGAAAGGCAAUGUGGAAACAUAAAAAUGUGAAUAAUGAGAUGGUUCCUAAAUAAGAAAUAUUGUGUAUCACGUAUCACCAAAAGGAAAGAUCUCAAGAGAAUACUAUCUAGACCAAUAAUAAUGUAUCAAAUAAACUUUUUAUUUGUAACUUUUUCACCAACUGUAAAAUAUCUGUAUAUUUUAUAUUUAAUAAGAACUGUUUUGGGAGGAAUAUUAGUUGAUUGUCUGAA